AUGGAAGAAUUUUUAAAUUAAAAUGAUCUUUAAACUAGAUUUAGUGAUUAUUACACAUAUGUUGACACUUUAGGACAAGGAGCUUUCGGUUUAGUUGUAAAAGCAGUCAAUAAUAUCACAAAAACAUAAGUAGCAGUAAAAGUAGCUAAAUAAAUAAUAAAUUAGAUUAUCUCAAAAGCAACUAUAAAAAGAUUUGAGGCUCUUGAAUAAGAAGCUGCUAUAUUUUCAUAAUUAAAUCAUUAAAAUAUAGUCAAAUUUUAUGAUAUUAAACGAACAGAUACUAAAAUUCUGAUAGAAAUGGAAAUCAUAAAUGGAGGAUCAUUGGGUUUGGGGUUGGGGUUGGGGUUGGGGUUGGGGUUGGGGUUGGGGUUGGGGUUGGGGUUGGGGUUGGG